UGUCAGUAGCCUUAUGUGAGGUCUAAUGUGCUGAACCAUCUGGCAGUUGAGAGUGUGUCCAGCGUCUCCUGGAUGUGGGGUAGCAGGUAGGCGUCUGUUAUGGUGCAGUCGUUGAGAGCCCUGUAGUCAAUGCAGAGACGGUAUGUCCCAUCUUUCUUACACACCAUAACGAUGGCCGAGGCCCAGCUGCUGCAGCUGCAUUGGGCGAGACCGCUCUGUAGGCUGUCGUAGAUCUGCUGGUCAGCGUGUUGCUGCUUUUCCCCUGCCAUUCUUCGUGGAUGUUGUUUGACUGGGGCACCAGGAAGGGUUAUGAUGUUGUGCUGUACGAGGCUGGUUCGGCCCAGGUUGGCAGACCCUGUAGAAAACACAUGUCCAUAAGUGCAAAGCAAGCGUUUUAGUUGGAGCUGUUCAUAGUCAUUGAGGUCUGUGGAGCUCUGGGCAUAGAGCUCCUGCAGGUGCAGAGGAUCCGCAGGAGGGCUGGUCAGUGAAUCUGCAGCUGGGGAGACCAUGGAGGGUUCCGGGCUCCUCCGGCCUCAGCUGGCUGGAGAAGCCCGGCAGUGGGUAGUAAAGCGCUUUGGGGUCCAUAGGGACUAAGUAAAGCGCUAUACAGGCCAUUUACCAUUUACCAUCUUGCCCCGGUUCCACCGCCACAGUUCUAGCAAUUUUCACUGCAUGUGACUUUGUACUGGCUUCGGUUUGGUAGUAGGGCACGUCUUCACCGAACAGGAUGAUGCGGCGUCUGCCGAAAUCAAGACGUGCUUCAGCUUGAGUGAGGAAGGGAUGCCCAAGCAGCACCUCAUUACACCUCAUUAAUGAGCAGGGAUUUCUGUGGAUAAUGGCCCCUGCUGCUCCAACUAGGCAGAAAAUCAGCUGAGUUGUCAUUGUCUUUUCUGACAAAUAGUUGGCGUAAGCGCAGCUCUCAAACCUAUGCAGAAAUUCCUUUCACGGUGUGGUGCCGUCAUAUUGGCCCGGACGUAGGGUGGGGACUCUCUCUCUAGGAUCACCGUCCUCUUCACUGUCAGAUGGGGGCUGACAGGGCACACUGCGAGUCUUGCCUGGUUCUGAGCGGGGUUGACACUGUGCAGGGGUUUGCCCAUAGCUUAAGGCUUCAUUAAGGCUACUGGAAGGCAUACACGGCAUGGGUGUAUUUAACAUUGCGUUAAAUGGAGCCCAUGUGCUAUGUACAUAACUGUCCAUGUGAGCAGAGGAAAAUGGGUUUGAGUCUGGAUAGCGCACUUUCAUUUAGGGAGAAGGAGCUGGAUAAUACUUCACAUUGCUGCCUGUGUUUCCCUCACGGCCGUAGAUGCGACAUUCAGCAUCGAUGAACGGAUUCGUUUGGAAAAACUGCAGCUGAGCAGGACUAUCGGGUGGUGCGAAUACACCCUCUCCAUUAGCUUGUGUCACUACCAUUUCGGCACACAGGAAUGGGUUAAUAUGUUCACAUUUAGCCACAGCCCUUUCUUUGUUAACUUCCCUAAUGCUCGCGGCACCCUCUGGGACAUUGGUCAGCGACAUGAACAGGUUGGAGUAAUUGGUCUCAAGUCCGUAGUUUUCACAAGAAUAGCGAGCAGCGGCCAUCGUGAGUUAGCUUAGCUAUGGGCCAAUAUGCUUGUAAUUACGGUCACUUGGCUUUAUCGUUAGCCACUUUAGCCUCUCAGUUUUUCUUAGUGCUCACCACUCCUUUAACUACGUGAGAGGGUCCCUUCUUGGUCAGCCAGUGUUAACCAUUCCUCGCCAUCGCUCCCCUGUCCGUGGUCGGGAGACACAAGGGGAGAUGCUUUCUCCAGGACCAAAGUUUUGUCCUCCUUCGGGGUUAACUCCCCGUAGUGAAGCAGGCAGAAAUUAGCUGAGCACCCGGGAUACUGAAGGGAUGAGGCUUUAAAAACGGUACUGCACAUUCCGAUACACACUGCAUAGGUUGUGGCCCGUUAGAACGCUGCACCCCAAAUUGUAUUUACAAUGUAAGAUGGUGAAAUGUUGUUCAUUUUUCUGCAAAUUUAUCAUGAAAUUGCAUAGUAGUUAAAAUUACUUAAGGUAUAAUUAUAUUGUUUCUUUGUUUCACUGUAAAAACCCAACAGUGCAUCUUACUAAAAGAAGUAAGAUGUUCUUACUCAGUUCUGAAAAAUAGUUAAAGUAACUUUCAUGAAGUGUGUUAGGUAGACCCAAAAGUAUACAUAUGAUAUAAUAACUUUAUUGUAAUAAGUACACAUGAUGUUUUUGUAACGUUUUAAGUACUGUUGCUUUAAACUGUUUAAGUUGUGCUAAUUCAUUUGUAUUAGUCAUCAUCCACAGCCCCGCCCCCAGUGUUUUGCCUGGACUUGUCGGCCAUGAGAUACAGCCUCAUCAAGAGAAAUUUUGCAAGAGUAUCAGACGAUUGAAGGAGCAGUAGCAUGCCGAGAGAUCAUCCAGCACUGCACUAAAGACAGCCAGUAAAGUGUCUGACUAAAGAAACAGAACUGAGACAUCAGCUGAUUCCACCAAUUUGUGAACCAAUGUAAAAAAAUAAAAAAUUCAGAUGGAGGCAACAGGAAUAUUGAAGCUGAGGGUCAUCCUUGAUAAGGAUAACGCUGAAAAACUUAUUUUGCCAUCUCGUCCAAACAGUGUGCAAGCCCUCAUAGAUGAGAUCAAAUCUAGGCUAAAUUUUACUUUUGACUUUCGGCUUCAGUUUCAUGACCCAGAUUUUGAUAAUGCCUUGUGUAAUUUGGUUAAAAUAAAAGACCUGCCAGCUAUAGCAUCUGUUAAAGUUGUCAGGUUAGUUGAGCUGGACCGGAUUUCAACGAGCACUGAUGACACAAUCCUUCAGACUGAUAGCACUGAUACCAUAGAUUCACCAGAGCGUAUUAGUAGAUGGCCAGAGGUUUUUAUUGUUCUGCCAUUUUCUUAUGAAGUGGAACAUGUAUUAAGAGAGGGUAAUGCAGCAUUUGAUAAAGAUGGGAAAGUAAUUACACUGACACGAGAUCAAAAACACAACAUACUUGAGACAAUGGGGGAGGAAAUCUACAAACUAAAAGCAUACCCUAGUACAACACAAAUUGGCAAGGCUGCAGAAGCUUUAGUUAGAAAACAUCCCUGUCUGAAAGAGAGGAAUUCUGACACUGGGUGGGAAGGGUGGAAGAAUAGACUGAGAUAUAAAAUGGGAAACCAAAGAAAGAAGUUGGCUAAAGCUGGCAUCAUGGAUGUUGCUGUGAAUGCUGGAAAGCGCAGCAGAACAAACCCAGAUAGAGCUUCACCAAGGGCCAAUAUUAAAAGACCUAGGAGAGGUGAGGUCAACUUCCUUCCUUCUUAUCCUUCUGGAGAAACAAGGGAAUCUCUGGAAACCAGAAGACUUGAGAUGGUAGAGGAGUUCAAGAAGACCUCAGCAGAAAGAGACAUCCCUCUCAUUCAUCAGCAUAUGAUGCGCACUUUUGCACUCCGGCGUGAAGAGAUUGUCACAACUUCUCCUCCUGUAUCAGAGCUCAAGGACAGAUGGCCAGCACUCUUUCAUGAGACACAGCUCUACUUUGAAUUUCAUCGGAUCACCAAUCAGAAUCUGCCACAUGUGUUUUAUGCUGCACUGGAUGAUUAUGCUCCUCAGCUGAUUGGACUAUACAAAAAGAGGAAAACUGGACGGGUCGGUGAAAGGAUGGAGCAGCUUUUGUUGGCAUAUGGAAAACAGGACAAAAACGACAUCUAUGCAACUAGAACAGCAGCUCUGGCCGGCCUACCAAUGUACCUCAAGGAGGAUUCUUCAGAGAUUUUCAAAACAUGCAAGGAUGAAAUUGAGUUCUAUGAAGCCACAAUUGCUCUGGUUGCUGAUGUCGAUGAAGAGGAGGUGCCUGGAGGAGUUCCUUUCUCACCACGCCAAGUGUUCAUAGUACUUGAAGAUCAGGUUGUUAUGACUCAUCACUCAUGGACUGAUGCACUGGUGUGUUUGUUUGGGCUAAUCUAUGCUCUGCAUCUGAGCUAUCCUGAGAAGUGUACUGGCUUUUUUGAGUUCAUUCAAGUAGUGUUGCUGAAGCUAGACGAUGAGAGAAAGCAACUAAAACCAAAAUUGCAGACACUAAAAAAUGAGCUUGUGUAGAUGAUGUUUGUUUUUCACUGGUCAGUAUAUUUCUGCUUUUUCAGUUAUCUGUGAAUGGCUUCAAUAGUUUUAUUUGUUCAGGGUAAUUAGCUUUCUAAAAGGCAAUGUGGAGAAAGCUAAGAAUAAGGAGACAAUCCAUAUUUGACGUUUUGUUUGUGAUUGAAAAAAAUCUUCACAUAGUGUGUAAUCUUAAGCUUAUUUCUAAGAAUAUAUUUUAGUUACAUGGAAAUCUUUGGCUCCUUGUGUUUUGGCUUUAGCAGUCAUAGUUUAUGACUGAAAGUAUGGUUGUAUUCAUUCUGUAUUUUCUCUGCAGUUAAAGUUAAUAAAAACUGAAUGGAAAGAA